AUACUGAAAUCUGCACAGCAGGCUUGGAGCACACAGAAAUAUCACCCAGGCAAGGAAAUCCACAAGUUUCGACUGCUGUCCUCAGUGCAGAUCCGAGCAGUGGGCAAAUCAGGACUGUGAACAGUCAUUUUCCAUACAAGCAGCCAGACCUUUUUGGAAUCCUGUUCAGCCACACAGAGCUGGGAUAGUGCUGCAAAAAACAAAAGGCCGAUUUAGAAAGAGAUUGUUCUGGACCAAGAGCUUGAAACCUGAAUCUGCAGUAAAUCCAACUCCCCCUCCUGCCACCAGCCCGGAGCACUGACAGAGAGAGUGAGCUCAAUCUCAAGCCUGCUGCCACAGAUGGACUCCACAGAGAUUCCCAUCCAGACAGAGAUGGUGGAGCUGGUGCCCAAUGGGAAACACAGUGCAGCUAUGAAUGCCUCAGCCAUCCCCUCUGACAGGUUUGAUGAGAACCAGCCCACCGUGGCAGAGAUGGAGGAGUUCCUGCCUCAUGGCCCCGACAAGAAGCAAACCCACUUCACAGAUUUCGAAGGGAAGACCUCCUUUGGGAUGUCGGUGUUUAACCUCAGCAAUGCCAUUAUGGGCAGCGGGAUCCUGGGGCUGGCCUAUGCCAUGGCCAACACUGGCAUCAUCCUCUUCCUCUUCCUCCUGACUGCAGUGGCCUUGCUCUCCAGCUAUUCCAUCCACCUGCUGCUGAAGUCCUCAGGCAUUGUGGGGAUCCGAGCCUAUGAGCAGCUGGGCUAUCGCGCCUUCGGGACACCCGGGAAGCUGGCAGCUGCCAUGGCAAUAACACUACAGAACAUUGGAGCCAUGUCAAGCUACUUGUACAUUGUGAAAUCUGAAGUGCCUCUGGUGAUCCAGACCUUCCUCAACCUGGAGGAGAAGACCACGGACUGGUACAUGAACGGGAACUACCUGGUGAUCCUUGUCUCUGUCACCAUCAUUCUGCCUCUGGCCCUCAUGAAGCAACUCGGCUAUCUGGGUUAUGCCAGUGGAUUCUCUCUCAGCUGCAUGGUCUUCUUCCUCAUUUCGGUCAUCUACAAGAGAUUCCAGAUCCCCUGUCCGCUCCCCGAGAAGGACAUCAAUGGCACCAGCAACUUCAGCUACACACUGGUCAGCACCAGUGACUACCAGAAUGGCUACACGCCCCUCCAGCAUGUCAAUGAAGGCACCUGCUCCCCCCGGUUCUUCACACUCAACUCCCAGACGGCCUACACCAUCCCCAUCAUGGCGUUUGCCUUCGUGUGCCACCCUGAGGUGCUGCCCAUCUACACAGAGCUAAUAAACCCCUCAAAGAAAAAGAUGCAGUGCAUCUCCAACAUCUCCAUCACCGUCAUGUACCUCAUGUACUUCCUGGCUGCCCUCUUUGGCUACCUCACUUUCUAUGGCCAUGUGGAGUCAGAGCUGCUGCACACCUACAACAGUGUAGACCCUUUCGACAUCCUGAUCCUGUGUGUGCGUGUGGCUGUGCUGACUGCUGUGACGCUGACCGUGCCCAUUGUGCUCUUCCCGGUGCGGCGUGCCAUCCAGCAAAUGCUUUUCCAAGGCAAGGACUUCAGCUGGAUCCGCCACAUUGUGAUCGCCAUUGUCCUGCUCACCUCCAUCAACCUGCUAGUCAUUUUUGCCCCCUCCAUCCUAGGCAUCUUUGGCAUGAUCGGUGCAACAUCGGCCCCCUGCCUGAUCUUCAUCUUCCCUGCUAUCUUCUACAUCCGCAUCAUGCCCAAGGACAAGGAGCCCAUGAAGUCCACCCCCAAGAUCCUGGCAGCCUGCUUUGCGUGCCUUGGCGUACUUUUCAUGAUCAUGAGCCUCAGCUUCAUCAUCAUUGACUGGGCAACAGGAGGUGGCAAGAGCGGCGGCAGUCACUAACCAGCCCUAGAGCCUAUGCCAGCUUUGCACCAUGGAUCAGCGCCCUGGGAGAAGCAGCUGGCUUUGAUAUACUUCCCUUCCCCUGCCCCACUGCUAGUACUGUACGGUGUCCCAGCCCAUAUGCCAACGCUGAGCCAUGCUGCCAGCCAGGGAUGCACUUGGGGCCCUCUGUCUUUAUUGUAAUUUCCUGAUUGCAGGAUCAUUCAGUCCAGUCGUAUCCAGUGACCCUCACACGGGGGAUCAAAGCAAUCCCAUGGAAGUGGGGACAGCCAUGCUGGGUGUGUCUGGGCCUCCAGAGACAAUGCCCUUUGUGUGUAAGACGAGUGCCAAGGGAGUGGAAAAUCAGAAGCCAGAGGGAGGAGAGGAUGCAGGGUCUAGUGGCUACAGCCUUUGACCAGCUCGGUGACCUUGGGCAAGUCUCCACAACUCUCCAUGCCUCAGUUUCCCCAUCUGUAAAAUGGGGAUAAUAAUACUUCCCUACCUCACCAGGAGCUGGCUGUGAGACUAACCUCAUCCAAGUUUUUAUGUGGAGUGUCUGGUGAUUUUGGACACCUAGGAGGGCAAAGUGUUAUUAUAGAUUGGCUGCAAACAGGAACCGAAGGCUGCUGAGCAGGAAGGGACACAUGAAGCAGACAGAGAGUACUUCCUGUCAGCAAGCACCUCCUAGGCAAAAAGAAAUGAAAAGGGGUGGGGCCUGAAUUUGCAGCAGUGUCACUUCCUGCUUCUCAUUUUUCUUUUCCUGAGCUUUCUUGUCCCUUCCACAGGGAUGCACAGCCAUAUAAAGACAUUCAGAGCCUGAUGAUCAAUGUCACCUUUAAGGGCAGAGGGAGGGGCAACCUCAUGCUCUGGGUGAUGUCCAGCUGGUCUGACUCACUUGUGAUCGCCAUGCUGCUGCAUUUGACCUGGUCGUGCAUUUCUUUGCUGAUGCCCACAGCCAUGACUUCAUAAGCAUGUGUCCAUGCUGAGAGGAGGAUUGCUGAGUGGAGGGCAACGGGUUACACUAAUGGGAAAGGAGGCAGAGUGCUAAGGUUCAAGAAGGGAAGAUCAGGUGAUGAGUCCCAGUUGCCUCUGUCCUCUUUCCAGAUUAGCUGGAUGCCAAGUUUGGACUUUGGAGCAGACUUGUGGGGUGGGGACAUCCCCAUGAGAACAGGUCACACACUGCAUGCUCUGCAGUGCUCAGCACUGCCCUAGGCUGGCCAGUUUGAGGGAAGCAGGAGCUGCAACUCCAGACCUUUCCUGUCUGCCCCUUUCUUCUCUUCCUGGUCCAACCUCAAGCUUGGUCUGGAGAAGGGAUGGGAGGGAGAGGCCCUGUCAAUAGCACUAACAGGGUGUCUCCACUGUCUUCCAGGGAUAGGAAUGAGAAGAGCUCCCUUGACGUCCUGUAGUGUCAGUGUCCCAAAUACCUUUUCUUAUCCUGGCAUGCCUGGGCAGAGGCCUAUCCCAGUCCAGAUCUCAGCCCCAGGUGCUUAUCCCAGCCAGGAGCCAUGGUCCUUCCCAUCCAUCCACAAUGGGAGCUCUCUCCUUUCCCUCCAGCACCAAGAGACAUGUUACCAUCACUUCCCCCUUCUCACCAGGGUUCCCUCACUUGGUAAAAGGGUGCCAUGCCCCACUGGAAGUUGGCAGUGAAUGCUGGGAAGUGUAGUCCCACCACUGAGUCCAUAUGGAAAUCUAAACAGUGACUAAACUUGAUUUACUGCUAAUCUAAAUAACUUAGUAGAAUCUAUGUUAAUUUAUUUUCUCUAUGUCUAUAUGUGUGUGUGUGUGUGUGUGUGUGUGUGUGUUACUAUUAUUGUAUUAUUGACUUUACAGCUAGUGCCUAGGCUAAAAGGAGUCCUUUAAUACCACAGUGACCAGAGGAUGUGUGGAGAGCUUCCAAUGGCAUGAAACUCACUUGGCUGUCACCUUGAAUUUGGGAUGAAUACAUAUGGCCCUUAGCAACCCCUUUUGCAUAAAGUCAGUAGGAUCUGUUUACUUAGACCUAUCCUUGAUUAGUCGUAUUUAUUAGAUCUUCUUCAGCUCUCAAGUGGAAGGCAUCCCACUAGGAAUUAUAUCUGGAUGCAAGGUCAGUCCAAGUUCAAGAUGCCUGCUGAGGCUCCCUGCAACAAGCACUUCCUUCUGUAAGUAGCCUGUAUCUGGUUGACUGAGGAGAUGGGAAAACAGAACCAUACAACUCCUUAGGCUGUUUUUGGACAUGUGGGAAAUAUGGGGCUUUCACACCACACCCCACCCCACCCCACAUCUGGAAACAGCCCUGGGCACUAGCAAAGGUUUAACUGCAAUAGUAUUGGGGUAACAUAGUAUUGGGGUAACCAUGUUAAUAGCUUUUAUUUAUGCAGAAAAAUAUCAUAUUGUUUUAGCUUUUAGUAUGCAGAAAACUGUGUAGUUGAAACAGGCCAUGCUAGUAAUAAUCAUUGUUGGGCUAAACUUGAGAGCAAGCUGGCAAAAAGGUGUAAACUAUUUUUAGCAAGGAAUGCAAUGAAGAGGAAUAGAAUAACAGAAAAUUAGGGUUGGAAGGGGCCUCAGAAGGUCGUCUAGCCCAACCCCCUGCUCAAAGCAGGACCAUCCCCAACUAGAUCAUCCCAGCGAAGACUUUGUCUAGCUGGGUAUUAAAAACCUCC